GAAAUCAAUCUGCCGGAUUAAUAUAACGAAGUGUUUCCUGAAGCAAUCAAGAUGACAAGUCGAUCUCUCGUAUCGCUCUGUUGCAUUUUUGCAAUCACUGCUAUGAUUUUUGCCGAUGACAGUGGUAGUCGAUUAAGGAAUAUCAACGUCGACGAAGUGCUUAACAAUGACCGACUUUUCAACAAUUAUUUUAAGUGCCUUAUGGACCAGGGACCAUGCACUGCGGAGGCUUCAAGACUUAAACAACUGAUUCCAAAAGCUGUCGCCAACAGAUGUGCUAAUUGUACGAAGGAUGAAAAGGAGCAAGCGAAAAAGGCAUUGAACUUCUUACUAACUAAAAAGCCAGAUCAAUAUAAAGCUUUGACCGCUAAAUAUGAUCCAGAUGAAUUGUGGAAAGAACUCGUUUAGCAAAUAGACAGACUUUAAUUAAUGUGUAAUUGUUGCUUUCCUUGUUACUGUUAUUGACAUUAUUGUUUGAUUAUAACUUUUAUCAGCUGGUUUAAUAAUAAAUUACUUAAACAAGUCA